GUCGCGAUGGUGGCGACCUCGUUCCGCUGCGCUCGGCUCUCGGUGGAGAAACGCAGUGCUCAUGGAUACUGUGCUGUCUCCUGCAGCUGUGCGUCGGUCCGACUGAACUCACCUGUGGCAGAGUCCGCUCGCCACACCUGAGCUGCCCGAAACUAACACCCGGUGAUGAGGAAUCAGAGCCGCGGAUAACGACCCAAAUUCUCCUUGUUUGUCCGCCCGCAGCGAGUUCACCAUGAUGUCUAUGACCUUCGUGGUGUCAAGCAGAGUCAAGCUGCUGUUUGACUUUUGGGACGUGCAGGGACCUGCAGGGAUGGUGUUGUCGGUGCUGGUGGUCCUCCUGCUAACAGUCCUCUAUGAGAUUCUCAAAGUGUUCAGGGUCUGGCUGGGGAAUCCCUCUCAGCUGCUCCAGCCUCAGUCUCUCUACCUGCCUCCCACCAUCAGCUCGUCCUGCUCCUCUUCCUCGGAGCACCGCAGGAGCAGCAACACCGUGCCGGACAGCAGUCGCUCCGAAUCCUCUCUGGUCCCCCUGGAGCUGCCCCCAAAAACGAAUGCCAUCAACAACAAGUGGUUGCUGCAUGGUAUCCAGACAGUCCUCCACCUGAUACAGGUGUCCUUGGGCUACAUGCUGAUGUUGUGCGUAAUGUCCUACAACACCUGGAUCUUCAUUGGGGUCAUCUUGGGCUCUGUUAUUGGUUACUACAUAGCGUUUCCUGUGCUAGAGGGCCUUCUGGGUCGGAUUUGAGAGACUGACAAGAAGACGGGACAGCUUUUUUUUUUUUUUUUUUUUUUUUUUUGUCUGACUGAAAGAGUGACAGUUUGACUGGAUUUUCAGACAGUAAGCAGGGUGCAGCGUGCAGGUUCACAGGUGAGCAUGUAGGGUGAAUUUGUGAAAGGCGAAUAUUUCUGUGGCUCAGAACUGAUAAUAUGUUGCACAACACUACUAAUAAAAUAAGUUGUUUGGAUAUGAUAACUCAAACAUUCAACAUGUCUGUGAGGCUGCUCCUGACUACGUCUGAUAACUGUCAGAGUUUCAGUUCUUGGUAUCUUUUGAGUGGCCUUGGGACCCACGUGUUCGUUUUCACACGGUGACUGGAUAUGCAAAAUGUUAACUUGUACUUGACCAGAGGGACACCAAAAAAACAAACCCAUAGGGUGUUUGUACAGCAGCUUAUUACAGCCUGGUUACAUUUUAAAGUGAAGCGACCUCUAGUGGCUUUGUAAAUAAUGACACUGUGGUGUAGUAUUAGGGGAGCGACAAACUCAGCCGACCUGCGUUGAAAUACUUUCUGAAGAGAGAGGAGUGUUUGCUUUUAUUAUCAUAUGUUAGCUCACUCUUUAUAACUUUAACCAUGACCUUUUGCACACCUUAACCAUUACGGCAAGUCUUUUCCUAACUUAAACAAUAAGCUUUUCCUAACUCAAACCAAGUAUUGUUAGUGGCUAAUGACCUAACUGUCAUUAUUGAAUGUUAGAUCACCAGCUGGCUUGCUCAGGAAACACUCCUGUGGAUUGUAUUAGAGGUUUGGAACAAAUGAGCUUUGUGGUUGCGUGGGUUGGAUGACUUGUUUUGUUAAAUGGUUCUUCAUUUUAAAAAGGAGAACGUUUCCUCUUCCUGGUGGUUAGAGGUCGUAGUAAAGUCAAUGGCAGUCUCUGUGCACCCCCCCUGUCAACUUAAACUCUUCAUUUUGGUAAAUUCCCCCAAACAAUCAAAAAGAAAACAUGGACUUGAGGAGAAGGGAAAUGUGUUUUCUGUACAGCUCAUGAUUGUUUCUGUAAAUUUUGUGUGUUUGAAACCACACGUUUUGAGAAUUUCAAUUUUUGUCACUGCCUGAUUCAGUCCCACCAGUUUUCCUCAACUAUUCACGAUGUUAUGACACAAAGGAGAUGGGGUUCAUUCUUAAGUGAGAGACCAGCCAUCAGCCAUGCAGAAAAAAUGAUAACUUGUCUGAUUUAAAAAAAAAAAAAAAUUCCCGGUGACUUCAAAGAAAAACGCAAAAUGGUGACGUGUUGUAUUUCUGUUAUUGGAUAUUGAUGAGGGUGGAAUCUACAUAUUUGGAGAUACUGACUUAAGAUCUUCAGUCCCCCCUGCCUUCAAAAUGACUGUAGAGUUUGAACAUAAGGAAUGACAAACAGGAGGAAGUGAUAAAGAACUGAGAUUUACAGUCUGAUGUCACGCGGCUGUCCACAGUCGGAAGAAGCACAACUUCGCCACGACUCGAGCGUGUGAUCUCUAGUGUGGUAAACUUCUCUGUUGUCAUCUUGGUCAGCAAACAGAUUAUCUCACUUGUCUUCACAUCAUGGGGCAGUGAAAGUGGGUCAUGUGGGUUUGUGGCAAUCAUUUACUAAUCACAAACCUGCAAAGAAAAACAGUGCCUUACAGUGGACAAUUUGUGUGUUUUCUGUUGAAAUAUUCUUUCAUAGCAGAAUAUGAGGGAGUAUUUUAUCCCAUGGUUUAACUCUUGUGGGUGAAAUAAUAAUAAAAUAAAGCAGAUACUGUGUGCCUGA